UUUAACAGUCGUCUGUAAAGCCAGCUGAUUAGCAUUUGGCCAAAAUUAUUUCGCUGGCAACUUGCUUCCGGGAUUUAAAUGUUUUUCGGGCUACAUCCGGGCUAUUAAUAAAUUAAAAAUGUGCUGUCGAAGCUCCAAACAAGGUCCAAACGUACUGGGAUAAUCGAUUUAAUAAUUGAAAACGUGAGAAGCCUACAAUUCAACGUGCUAAAUGUGGUGCAUGUGCAUAUGUGUGUGUGGCCCGGGCCUUGGCCUUUUAUUUAUCGAAUUCGUAUCAAUUAAAUUAAAACGCUGAGCAAUAGUAGGCAAUUGGUAUUUACGGUCACGAUUUGGUAGCCGGCAACUGUAGCCACUGAUAAGCGGACGACGGGGAAUGCCUGUGAUUUACGCGUAUAUAUAGUGUGUUUACCCUACCUGUUUACCGCUCAAACAAAAUAUAAAAGAAUAAAACUCAGGUGUGAUAAGCAGCACCCAUCGUUUACGCCUGAAAAUUGCUCAAUGGAAACGUGGCAAUAAGACUAACUGAGUACCCAGCAUUUAAUUUUUCUGAGAUAAUAUCAUUUGAAAGUGAGAGUAAUACUGCAUUUCUGGUGCUAAUUAGUCAAUUCAGGCGCCAAAACUCUCUCUUAAUCAAAACUUAUUACUUUAAGCUGACUACGCUUGCUCUCUUUUAAGCUCUCUUGGCUUGAAAAUGGCUGAGAGCAAUGUACCGCUACGAGAUUUUGACGAAGAGAGCGAAACGGAUUCGGAGACCGAAUUGCUCAUACGCCGCGAUGUACCGAGCGGGAAACAGAACAACAACAACAUUAGGGGGCGACGCAAAAGCUCCAUGGGCUACAGCGGCGUCGACGCCGGCGCUGGCAGCUCUGCCGCCGGCGGCGGAGGCAGCUUUCUGGGCAAUCUCUUCGGAUCCAACAGUUUUGGCUCUGCCGCCGGCCAGAUACGUUAUAGAAAUGAGCGGAGUCGCGAGCGCGCCAAACACUCAAACGGUAGCUACAGCAGCAUUUCGAAACUGGCGCAAUUAACGCACACGUCAUCGGGCGUCGCGGGGGCGGGAUCGAUCGGUGGCGUUGGGGGUGGUAGUGGUGGUGCUGGUGGUGGGAGUGGCAGUGCCACCGGCAUUAAAGUAACAACCGGCGAUGGCAGUGCAGCGACAUCUGGAGGAUCUGCUGCCACGGGGGAUCUCAGCAAUGGCGCUACGCACAGCACAACCGUCAUCGAUCCGGAAAAUGGCUCAUCCACGGUCUUCUACCAGCACAAUCGGCGGAAAAGCAAGAGUCGCAGCAUUGGCAACGUCUGCAAGUUGUGCCUCUGCAGCUGCUGGCGAAAAUGGUUCCGGCCACGGGAGCUGAGAGCCCGCACCGUAAAUCUCGGACGGGUCAAUACGGAGAAGUUCCCACCGAACGAGAUCCGGAACCAGAAGUACAACUUCAUCACCUUCCUGCCGCUGGUGCUGUUCGAGCAGUUUCGCUUCUUCCUCAACCUGUACUUCCUGCUGAUGGCGCUGUCGCAGUUCAUUCCGGACAUCCGGAUCGGCUACCCGUACACCUACUGGGGUCCGCUCGGCUUCGUGCUGAUGGUCACCAUUUGUCGAGAGGCGGUCGACGAUCUGCGUCGCCAUCAGCGGGAUCACGAGGUAAACUCGCAGAAGUACAAGAGACUGUCGGCCACCAACAUCAGCGGCUACGAGAUGGUGCCCAGCUCCAAGCUGAAGGUCGGUGACGUCAUAAUCGUAGAGAAGAACGAGCGCGUGCCAGCGGAUCUGAUCCUGCUGCGCACCAGCGAUCGCAGUGGAUCGGUAUUCGUUCGUACGGACCAACUGGAUGGCGAGACGGACUGGAAACCACGUCUCGCAGUUCCGUAUACUCAAAAGCUCAGUCGAGAUUCGGAGCUACAUAGCAUCGAUGCCAGUUUUUACGUGGAGAAGCCACAGAACGACAUUCACAGCUUCAUCGCCACCUUCUGCAUGGCAGACGGCAGCGAAGACACCGGUCUCAGUGUGGAGAAUACUCUGUGGGCCAACACCGUCGUAGCCGCAGGAACAGCCACAGGAAUUGUCAUAUAUACUGGCUGCGAAACGCGCAGCGUGAUGAAUAACUCACAGCCAAGGUCCAAAGUUGGACUGCUAGACAUGGAGAUUAACGGAUUGACUAAGGUUCUGUUCUGCGCCGUGCUUGGACUGUCGCUAGUCAUGAUGAUGCUUAAGGGUUUCGGCGGUCCUUGGUACAGAUACAUGUUCCGCUUCGUUCUGCUCUUCUCCUACAUCAUUCCAAUCAGUCUGCGUGUCAAUUUGGACAUGGGAAAGGCGUUCUACUCAUGGCAAAUGCAAAACGACUCGAACAUCCAGGGAACUGUAGUGAGAUCGACCACCAUACCCGAAGAAUUGGGACGAAUCUCUUAUGUUUUGACCGACAAGACGGGCACACUCACACAAAACGAGAUGGUGUUCAAGAAGAUCCACUUGGGCAUUGUAUCGCACGAUGCAGACACUUUUCAUCACAUAGGGCAGAUGAUACAGAAGCUAUCGGGAAACAUUCUGCAACAGCAGCAGGGUAGUUUAUCGAGUUCGAGCAGCGGCGGAGAGUCGAACAAGCCAAUGAUGUUUGGCAACAGGAUGCGUCGCCCGGAGGGAUGGCGGGAAUGGGAGGCGGUGCGAGCACUGGCCCUGUGUCACAAUGUUACACCGGUAAGCGAUGACGACGACAACCGAUCCGUGUCCACGGCAUCGACCGUUACCGGCGGUAACAACUCGCCAACCAAAUCUGUGAUAAACAUCGAGGCACCUGGCAGUACGGACACAGAGCAUCAGUAUCAGGCUGCGUCUCCAGACGAGAUUGCACUAGUGAAGUGGACUGAGCAGGUGGGACUGACCCUGAUUGCCAGGGAUCUCAACACGAUGACGUUGCAGGUGAAGACCCCCAGCGAAGACAAUGACAUUCUUCUGCACUAUCAAAUCUUGCAGCUUUUCCCAUUCACCAGCGAGAGCAAGCGUAUGGGAAUUAUAGUGCGUGAGAGCAAAACGGGUCAGAUAACGUUCUACCUGAAGGGUGCCGACGUGGUUAUGUCUAGUAUUGUGCAGUACAACGACUGGCUUAGCGAGGAGUCAGGAAACAUGGCUAGGGAGGGUCUUCGCACUCUUGUUGUGGCUAAGAAGGUUCUCACCGAGGAACAGUACUCUGACUUUGAGACGCGCUACAAUGCUGCACGACUGAGCAUUACUGAUCGUGUCGCCAAAGUGGCGGCAGUCACUGAAUCCCUUGAGCGUGAACUGGAACUGCUCUGUUUGACAGGAGUAGAGGAUCGUCUGCAGGAGAACGUACGACCAACGCUGGAGCUACUGCGCAAUGCCGGAGUUCGCGUUUGGAUGCUAACGGGCGACAAGCUGGAGACUGCUUGCUGUAUUGCCAAGUCCUCACAGCUGAUUGGCCGGAACCAGGGACUCCAUGUUUUGCGUUCCGUAAAGACGCGUACCGAUGCUCACCAGGAGCUCAACAGCUUCCGGCGUAAGCAGGGUCAUGCACUGGUCAUCUCAGGCGAAUCCCUCGAGGUUUGCCUGCAGUAUUACAGACCAGAGUUCCUGGAGCUGGCCACGGCCUCACCGGCUGUCGUUUGCUGUCGCUGCUCGCCCACACAGAAAGCACAGGUGGUGGCCCUCAUCCAAAAGCACACAGGCAAACGAACCUGUGCCGUGGGUGACGGUGGCAACGAUGUCAGCAUGAUUCAGCAGGCGGACGCUGGAGUUGGAAUUGAAGGACGCGAGGGAAGACAAGCCUCGCUGGCCGGUGAUUUCAGCAUUCCGCAGUUCUCGCACAUCGCCAAGCUCCUGCUUAUCCACGGCCGCAGGAGCUACAAGCGAUCGGCGGCACUAUCCCAGUUCGUUAUCCACCGCGGCUUGAUCAUAACCACAUUGCAGGCGGUCUUCUCAGCGGUAUUCUACCUCAGCUCGGUUGCUUUGUAUCAGGGCUUUCUCAUGGUCGGUUACUCGACGCUGUACACUAUGUUCCCGGUGUUCUCAUUGGUGCUGGAUCAGGAUAUCACAUCGGAGACGGCCGUCACAUACCCAGAGCUUUACAAGGAUUUGUCAAAAGGACGCAGUCUAAGCUACAAGACCUUCUUUAUAUGGGUACUAAUUAGCAUAUACCAAGGCGGCGUUAUCAUGUACGGAGCAUUAAUACUCUUUGUGGACGAGUUUAUCCACAUUGUGGCGAUCAGUUUCUCGGCAUUAAUCAUGACUGAGCUCAUCAUGGUGGCACUCACCGUGCGUACUUGGCAUAGGUUAAUGGUGCUAGCGGAACUAUUCAGUUUAGCGCUUUAUCUCAUUUCAUUGGCCGUGUUACAUGAGUAUUUCGACUGGGAGUUUAUUUGGUCGUAUGAUUUUCUGUGGAAGGUUUCUCUCAUCACGCUGGUCUCCUGCCUACCAUUGUACAUAAUCAAGUUCUUGCGUAAGAAAUGUUCGCCGCCCUCUUACUUGAAGCUCUCUUAGAUGGCGGCCUGGCAAAUGAAAUACAAAUUACAAAUUAUCCUGACUAUAAUUUCCAUUUAGUUCUGUUCACAAUUUAAACUUUCUUUGUUAUCUACCACUUGAUGCGUUGUUAUUUUAACUUGGCAGCCAUCCCACAACUAUUCUUUGUUUUGCCAAUACCCGCACCAAUCCCAAAUAUACGUGAUAUCAGGUUAAACUUCCCAUCUUCGACACUACACUUUUCUCUAUGGUAUUUUUGUUUAAUUUUUAAAGUUACACGAAAUACAAAAGAUGAAGUGAUUCGAUAAUUGUAAUUUAAAUCAAACCGAUUCUUAUUUGUAAGCGUGAGGCGUAAAAGUUUUAAAAUAUCUUUCAGUUUUGUAUACCUGUGUGUAUUUGAUUAAUAUUUAAGUCGCAAAAACCAAAUUAUGUUACUAAUUAUUUAAAGAUAAAAUAAAUUAAUAAUAACUGUAACUAUGACUAAUAAUGAAAUCAAUUACCAUGGUAUAAGAAUUAAAAUGUAAAACAAAAAAUAUAGAUUUUGUAUAAGGACUUAGAAAUUGCAUUGCAUUGUGUAAUAAUAAUUAUAAAUAAAAAUAUACAUAUAUUAAUUAAUUAAAGAGGAAAUUUGGUGUGUAUUACUGGGGGAUUCACUUUCAGAUACAAAAAACAACGCAGAUAUUUUUGUAUUGUACAUUUUUUAUUUACCAUUUUGCUUGACAUUUUGUUUCUGUUUAUUACUAAUUCACAAUUCUUUGCUUGAAAUACAUAAUAAUUUUAAUAAUAUAUUUUAUUAUGCAUGUACGCACAUACAAACAUACUUACGUACGUAAGUUAAUGAAUUUUGUGUUCUCUCUUGUCGGUAAUAUAAUAGUUUAGCUUUUGCUAUGCUCUUAAAAUGCAUGACAUCCAUUAGCGUUUACACUUUCAUGGUUUUUCUAACAAUUAAUUAUUUUCUUGUUUCGUUACUUGGUUGUUAAUUGCUUAGCAAAACUUCGACUCAUUAUAGGUUGAAAUGAUGAAGCAUUGUUUUACGAUUUUGCUUAAAUGCGCAGAAAUACUUUUGAAGUAAACAAUUUGGUUUGUAUUUUAUUUCCUCAAAUUUCACAACAUUGAAAUUUUAUUUCUUCAUCAACACAUGUAGUUUUAUUUGUUAAGAUUUAUUCUUGGUGUGCUUUGUUAAUAACAUUUUGAUUUUCUUUGUAUACUCGCAGCAAUUUGCCAUCCGCUAAUACUGAAUUCUGUUGAGCCUUUCGUGUACUACUACCUGGUGAGCCAACUCAUUGCCAAGAACUCAAGUGAGCCGUUUUGUUCAACUUUUAUGUCGGUGUAUAAAAGUGUCGUCCAAUCGUUUUGGUUUCUUAAAGCUUUUCCAUUUCCUCAUUUGUUCAAUCAACAAUUUCAAUUCUAAUUCUCAACUUGGGUACAGAGAGCUGAGCUACUUUUCGAAGGGUAUGGGGGAUGUAUAUAUUUGGGAUAAAUAUUUUUGUAGACAUAUGUAUGCACGUGUGUGUUGAAAUCGGUUCUCAUAAUCGUUCACUUCUAAUUUACUAAAAAUCUACAAAAUAUAAUAUUUGAAUUUUUCCUCUGCUAAAUAUAUUCUGCAUAUACAUACGUUAUAGUGAUUGUUUAACAUUUUUACAUUUUUUUUUAAUGCAAGUUUUACUUUCUUACUGUGGUUUUUAUGUGUGGUUCUUGAUGAGGUCAACUUUGAUUUGCUUUAUUUGAAACAUUUCUUUCAUCUCCUUUAAUAUCUUUAUAUUUAGAAUGAUCAUCUCUAAUUGUUGAUAUGUGUUUACUGUUGUAUGUUGUGGCUAAUAUGAAAUCUUGCGUUUUUCGUUUUAUAUUUUUACAAUUCCGAAAAGAUUUAACCGCUUCCAUUUACGUGUUAGUUCGGUUAUAUACUUUGUUAAUUUCUUUUUUUUUUUGCUUUUUAAUAAUAUUCAGUCUAUAUAAACAUUCAUUUAUACAUUUAUGCUAAAUUUUUGGAAAACAAUUUGGGAAAAGCGUGCGAAACUGACAUUUUGCAGUCCCUCAACCAAAACUGGUAAAGCUUCUCUAAAAAGAAAUUGGGUUCAAACAAUGUGGAAAUAAAAAUACCUGAAUACCUGUGGAUGAUCGGAUUUAUUUAGGAGAAAGUGUUUAAUUUAUGUAAAUCUAUCAAAAAUUAAUGGUUGUUUACUUUACUUCGCUAUUAUGUCUUACAUCUUUAUUCAAUAAUGUAGUUAUAGUUUGGGCAUGCUAUUUGCUCUGCAUUCGCUUCUGUAUAUUUAUUUAAAUAUUUUGUUAUAUUUGUUUUGCUUUAGCUUGUUAACACAUUCCUCUUGACGAGUUUUAUUCAAUGCAUUUGAUUUUCAGUUGUAUUUUUUCAUUGCUGUUUCUGAAUUUUUACUCAAGGUUGCUAUACCUUCCUUUUCACGGGAAUCGACAUUUUCUUCAACAGAUUCCUAAAUUUUUGCUAUGCAUUUGAAUAUAGUUAGAAGUCGAUCAACAUAAACGAAAUCAACUAUUUACAUAUAUAGGUUUCCGUCUGGUAAUAAAUCGAGUCACUGUUUUCAGUAUCUUCCAUACUCGCAGAAACCAACAAAAGCAAGAUAUCAGGGUUUUGUGUAGGGUACGUAUUUGGAUUCGAGUCAAAAGUAAAACGUUUUGCAAUAUACUUUUCAACAUCGUAUGCUAAAAUAUUUAUUUCUGAUAUUGUUAAUCGUAAUACUUUACGUCGUGCUUUCUAGAAUAAGGUUUAUUAGAGUGUUCUAGCAGCGACUGAGCUUGCUGGGAAAAUAUAUUCAUAUAAAGAAACGUAUUUUAUGUUAUCAAUUCACUAAUUACUAAGCAAACCAAUGCCAAGCGUAUCCUAAAAUUAAUGUUCUUUGCUCUACAUUCACGUACUCCUUGUUCGGCGCCGUUGAGCUCCUUUUAAAAAAACUGCCAAUUCUAUUCGCCAUCCUUGUGCUCAAUAAUCCCAAGGACCUUGAAAAGGACCCUUUCAUUUCAAUUAAAUCAUCUAUUAAUUGUUUAUCCCUUCUUCUGCCUCGGAUGAUGAUGCACGAAUUGGCUUAACACCUGCACCGAUAUAUAAAAUUUGUGUGGAUAAAUGGUUAACUUAGCUAAUUAAAAAAGUUCCUAACUUAAAUCAUUGUAGGCAGUAUGUCAUUUUGUUUACUCGGUUUUCUCUAGCGCUGUGUGGUUCUGAAAAUAAUUGCUGACAGUGUGUUAAUUUGUUAUUUGAACACAAUUGCUUGAUUAUGUCAUGAAAUACAUAGAUAACUGAGCUGCAAAUUAAAUACUGUGAGUGGGUUUCGUUAAAUGUAAACAUCGUGUUCAACUUAGUCCAUUAAAACGUUUUAAACUGUUGGAACGACUUGCCGCAAAGA